AGCAAGGAAACAUCUGAACUGUAAGCUGACUGUGUCCAGAUGGGGUUUUACUACCUGAGGGGGGCGUCUUACCCGGGUUUAAGAGCUAUAAUACGGGUUAUAUUAACCCGGGCUCACAAUGUUUACACACUGAGGUCAUCUUAUUCAGUCACGGCUGUCAUGCUGUUCAGGUUCGGUGUCAUUCUCACUCCGGACUGCUCGGACGUGGAGGUCUUCGUGUCGGGUUCUCGGGUGGAAAUGGGCCACUGGGACCCGGACAGGGCGGUUCGGAUGACCGCCUCUCAGAAGCUCCCCUCCCCGCAGGAACCGUGUCUGUGGACCGGCGAGGUGCAGCUGGACGAGCCGGUCAGAGAGUUUCUGUGGUUCAAGUUCGUCCAGAGAGUCCGAGGCUCGUUCAUCUGGGAAGGCAGUGGUCCACAUCAUGACAGAUGUUGUUCUUAUGAUGAGAGGAACGUGGUGGAUGGAGUUUACUGCCACCCGAUUGGUCACUGGAUCGAGGAAACAGGACACACGGAUGAGAUGAGACACACCACCAACUUUUACUUCAGUGUGGCUGGUCAGAAGGCCAUGCAUUUCUCCAGGGUAAUGCCUCGUGUUUGGCUGGGCAGCUGCCCUCGACAGGUGGAGCAUGUGACAAUAAAAAUGAAGCAUGAAUUGGGCAUCACUGCAGUGAUGAACUUCCAGACAGAGUGGGAUGUGGUGAACAACUCCGAGGGCUGCAGACGAAACCCCGAGGAAGCCAUGACCCCGGAGACCAUGAUGCACCUAUACAAAGACUCCGGCCUGGUGUACGUGUGGAUGCCGACACCUGACAUGAGCACUGAGGGUCGGAUCAGGAUGCUUCCCCAGGCUGUCUUCCUGCUUCAUGGUCUCCUGGAGAACGGUCACACUGUCUAUGUCCACUGUAACGCUGGAGUGGGUCGGUCCACGGCAGCUGUCUGUGGCCUGCUCAUGUAUGUCCUUGGCUGGACCCCGAGGAAGGUGCAGUACUUUGUUACAGCAAGGAGGCCGGCGGUGUACAUAGAUGAGGAAGCUUUAGUCCAGGCUCAGGCAGACUUCAUCCAGAAGUUCGGCCAGCUGCGAUCAUCCAUAUCUUACCCAGAGACAUGAGAGCUGAUUGUCUUUGUACUGACGUCUCUGAGCAGAAUUUACAUUUAUGGCAAGAUCCGCUGGACUUUGGGGAAAAUAGAAUAAAUAAAACCUAAAAAAAACUUCCUGAAGUGUGAAAAAUCAUCCUGCAUAGUCAGCUUGAAAAGUGCCAGAGGCUGAAAUAACCUGUAUCAAGUAAAUUAACCGUUUUUCUGCUUAAAUCUAAUGCACGUAAAUGACCCACUCCAGCUGAGUUGCUUUCCAAAUGUGGUUGAUCCCCAAGUAUCUGGAAAGACUUUCUGCUGGCUGCCAGCGUAGAUGUUGCAAGCAAUUCAUCUUACUGCGAUGUGUUAGCUUUUAGCACAAACAGCUGCAAUUUGUGCACUUGGAGUCAGCUGAGGAUACCGUUAGUACUUUCAGUAAAUGUCCGCGGGGGUGUUUGGAAAGACCUUUUCCUUUAGCCUUUUUUUGUAGUAAUCAAUAAAUAGAGUUGACAUUUAAAGAAGGCAACUUUUAGUGGAUGUAUUAAACUGCAAUGAGUGAAGGGAACAUGCAGAAAAAACAAGUACCACCACACUAAAAAGCAGCUGUAACAAAACUGCAAACAUUGUGCAAGAAGACAAGUUAAAUAUUAAGAGAAAUCUAAAUUCUGCUUCUCUUUUCAUUGUUUUUUCUCCAUCCCCUCCAGCAUGCUGUGCUCUUCAGGAAAGGAUUAUUCCACCGUUGCUAUUUCAUGACUUUGUGUCAUUUUCGAGAAUCCCCUUUUUAAUUUCAGGAGGAUUUUAAUUUUUUUCUUAUUUGGGAGAAGAGUCUGAAUGCUGCAUGGAAAUGACACUCCUUAUUAAAGCUGCAAAUCAAUUCUUAAAAUGAAAAUGUCAACAAUGCCUAUUCCUCUCUGUCAGGGAGAUAUUUGGCUCCCAGACGCUGAAGAAUACAGGUCCAGCUCAUCUCUCCCAGAGAGCUUGAUAGCAUUUCAUCUUUAUUCAUUUGUCUGACAGAUGCUGUUCCGAUCCAUCUAGUAAAUAACAAAAACAGCAUCCCUUCCAGACCAUUUUAAUGCAUACAUAAUAAUCCAUUAAGACACAGAACAUUGUUUGUUGUCAAUUUUGAACUUUUGACUAGACUCCUAUUUAGGAUGUAUUGCUUUUUUUUUUUGCAGUGUUUUUGCUACCGUUCCCUGAUUUAAGAAAGUCCGUGACCUAAACAUUUACUCAAGUCUGAUAAAGUUCGAUUACUUUUCAGUGCAGAAAGUCUCUUAAUGGAGGCGUCACUACAGAUGGACCUUUGCAAGCAGAAGCAAAUCAUCAUGGAUUUUUCUAAAAUCAACAUUCUAAAAAUAUUCACAAAACUGAAUAUGAAACAAGUUAAAUGCUUUUCUCCUCUGUUUCGAAGAAGUAGUACUAGUCUGAGGUAAGUUAUGUCUUUGUACUAGGCCAAUAAAAACACAUCAGAAAAUGCCAAUAUUAAAAGUGCUUCGUUAUAUUUAGAGAACCCUUUUCAAACCCCAGAACUAUUUUCUACUUGGAUUAUUCUAUCUAGCAAUAUUUUUGGUUUUGUUGUAAAACUUGUCAUACCUGCUCAAUCAGUUAUAAAAGUUUACAAAAACUGUCUUUUAAAAGUUUUUGUGAUCAACAGUUUCAUAUUAAAAAAACAUUUUUCAGGUUUAGUUUUGUAUUUUUGACACCCAUAACUACACAUGGUUCAGAAAACAUCACUAGUUCACUUUAGCAUUGUCAAUUUUUUGUUGAUUUGUGCCCAAAGAUGGGACUUUCCAUGACAGCUUCACUUUUUUCAUAUUCCAACUCAUCCAUGAUUAGCAAUUAUUUGAUCUGCUGGUCUAGUAUUGCAGAUUCCGAAUCAUUUUACUGAUGAGAAACAAUGAAAAUUUCAGGCUUUUAUUUUAAUUAGUUCCUAAGAUCUUAGUACAAAUGCAAAUUUCACUGUGCAAAAAACCCCGCUUAAAGUGGGUUGACAGGAAUUUAAAAAACAUAUAUCCCAGAAAGUACUUGAUAUUUUAAGAUAAGAUUGUACAGAUGGCAUGUUGAAUAUCCAUCGUUUAUGAUUUAAAAAAAGUUUCAAGCGAAUGGUCGAGCAGAAGACCCGGAUGAUCUGAGAUGGAAUAACCCAACUAUGAUGUACCGACGAUGGACACUUCCUCAAUAGCAAUGACAAAAUCAUUAAAGAGAAAGUUUGAUGAUGUCACUUAAAUCUGUUUGAUGCAAACUGCCAUUAAAUAUACACAAUGAACAGCACAGUUCAGUUCAAGCAGGCUCCCUUCCUGGCUCAUAACUAGUCUGUUCUAACCUGAUAAUGGAGCCUUUUGCCCUCCAUCGUUCUCCCUGUGGCUUCUGUGCAGGUCACUAGUCCAUGGCUGUCUGGCCUCUCAUUUCCCCUGCUCUGAUCCACAGACCUCCCGCUGGUGGAGGCUGUGGUUGGUGUGGACCGACCGUUGCCAUUGUAACAUGGGUCUAAAAACCACCCACGUCCCCAUGUCCCUCACCACCUCCACCUAAGGACUUGAGCUGCAUGCAGAGGCCGGUGACAUCUGGUCCAGGUGAGCCGCUAGGAACCUCCAACACAGCAGCAGCUUCACCCUGGUCUCUGUGCCUCUGGGUUUAACUUAUUUUCCUAUUUUACGUGUAUGUAUUUAUCUGUGUUUUCCAUUUCUGUAUUAACACUAAAAUUAUUGCCUGCGCACCUUGACAAAUAAUAAAUAAAAGUCCUUAAACUCAAAAUAAGGCAGUUAAAUUCAAAUUAAA